AUGGACCCUCCCAGGAGGCCGGGGCCCAGCGAGCCUCGCCAACCCCAGCAGCCCCGGGGCCGCCGGCUUCACUGCCCCCUCAGCCUCCGUGACCUGGCGCUGCUGGUGGCCAUGCUGGGGGCGCUGCUGGCCAUCGCCGCCCGGGGCUACAUGGACUUCAGGGAGGCCCAGGCCGAGGCGCUGCGGGUGGCUGCACAGAAGUAUCUGGGGAAGGAUGGAUUCUUUCUCUUCUCCUCUCUGGAUACAGACAAAGACAUGUCCAUCAGUCUUGAAGAGUUCAAGCCUGAUGCUAAGAAAUUGAUAGCAGCCACAUCUGUCAGCAUCCUUGAGGAGGAAGUGUCUCAGAAAUUUCCACUUGACCUCAGUGAGGAGAAAUUUUCUGUGAUGGCCAGAUUCCAGCCUCUGCUCCAAGAGACUAUGUCUAAGAGCAAAAAUGGAUUCCUGAAGGUUUCUCAUCUCACUCUAUCUGGACUUCGAAACUGGACCGUCCCUGAUGAAGUGCUCCGCCUGUUCUCAGCCCGACAGUUUGUCAUCUUCCUGCCACCAAAGGAGGAUCUGAAGCUGGGAGAGCCCUGGUGGAUUAUCCCCAAUGAAAUUAAAGAACUUCUCCCUUCCAAUCGCUUCUAUCCACCAAGGUUCAAAAGAAAAGAGGCCUUGAUCUAUAAACUCCUGAGCAUGUUCCACCCAAGGCUGUUUGUGAAGACCCGCUUUGGCCCUCAGGGUACAGUGGCCUGCCUUAUGGCCACCAGUAACUUCUACUACACUGUGGCCUUCAGGAUCCAUGCUGAGUUCCAGCUCAACGAACCACCACUCUUCCCCUUCUGGUUCACUCCAGGACAAUUCACUGGGUACAUCAUUCUCUCCAAAGACUCCUCCCAUGUCCGAGAUUUCAAGCUCUUUGUGCCCAAUCACAAGCCUCUGAACGUGGAAAUGGAAUGGCUUUACCAGUAUGAAGAAAAUGGCACCUCCAGUAGUGAACUGGACAUGGAUAUUGGCUACCUUCCUCAGAUGGAGCUGGAGUCCUGGGGACCCUCAGCAUCAACUGAGAUUCACAAGAAUGGCAAAAUAACCUACAGAAGACUUUGUGAGCAGUCCAGCCAGUUUGUCUUUGAGGACAUUGUGUGGCAGCAGGAGAUAAGCUGGGAGAAGGCAGCCCGGCAGCUAGAAAUUGCCAUGUACCCCUUCCUGAAGGUCACCUACUUGCCUCUUGUAAAAGCUUUCGAACGAGCCAGGACUGAAAACAAGCUGGUACACUCCAUCGUGCUCUGGGGAUCCCUAGAUGAUCAGUCUUGCUUUGGUCCUGGGCAGGAUCUGCGAGACAUAAUAUUGGGAGAUUCUCUGAUCCUCACACUUCUCAAGUACAGUUUUAUCAGCAGUUGGUCUCAGGUGCAUGAGCUGAAUGAGAUUCAGAACAACCAAGAUGAUGAAUCUCACAAAAAGUUGGCUAAACUCCUCCUGGAGAAAUACACCUCCCCUGUGAAGAUGCUUCUCUGCCUGCCCAAUGGGACUGUGGUGCACGACACAAGUGUCGAUGAGCUAUACCAAGCCUCAAAGGAAAGGAGUCAUAGAUUCGUGCACCCUGUAAUGCUGUAUGAACAGUUCCUGCAGGAAGGUCUUUUCCGAGCUCAGCCCUUUCUUCACAGAAAGGGGGGAAGUUUAUUUUAA